AACCAGGUCGGUCUUGGAAGACCUACAAAGAAGAUCACCUUUGUGACCAGUGGAUUGGUCAACAACCUCAACUCCUACGGAGCAGACAUCAUGGCCAUGUGCAGCGGACUCACCACCUACAUGAUUUUGACUGCAGUCCUUCUAGGACUCGUCCUGACUCCAGCCCUUGGUGAAUAUGCUCAGAAGGUGGAAGUAAGCAAGAAAAUCUCCACUGCUGGAGGCUACCAAAUUAUGACCAUGAAUAAAUACUGGCUGGUGGCAAGUGUGGAGCAAAGGACCCACCAUGGGUCAUGGAAAACCCUCUGGAACUACGACACGGGUUUUAUGGCAACCAAAGUGCUGCCAGAGAAAGCCUGCUACAUUUCCAUCAUGAACAGGACCGAGAUGCCCAGCUUUGAUGCACUUCCCCAGCUGGCUGCAGAGAGCAGGAAACACAACCGUCCAAGACCACCUGCAAAGGAGAUUCUGUUCACCCUCAUCAAGAGGAAUGUCCGGGACCUCGAGUCUUAUGGACCAGACACCUUCUCCAUGUGCAGAGGACUUACAACUUACGUGGCUUAUGAAGUUCAGGGACCACCACUCAGCCUCAGAUCAUGCAUUAGGCUUGAUGCCCUUCAGUAUUUGGCCCUUACCUACUGUCACGACAAUAACUAUGCCUGA